GACGAAGAUCAACGAGCAGUCAUGUCUGCACCUGGUUCAUCGCGCCCUCCUGCAGUCUCGUCGGCUGCCAGUCGUCGUCCGCGGCCCAUCCGUACUAUCUCUGGUUCUUCUCAGCGAAAUAUAGCACCUCGUCGCCCGUCUGUAUCUCUCACGGGCGCCAUCAACCCUGUCACCGGAGCGACCAAGGCCCAACGGACAUCCAAGACAACCCACAAGCUCGUUCUUCUUCCGUCUGCCCCGCAAACGAAGCCCUUGCCUCCAGAGGCUGAAGAGGAAGAGUCAUUACUCGGAUAUGAGACGGAUAGAGGAGUGCGCGAGAAGAAGAGUGCGGGAGAGCGGAUGAGCAAGGAACAGAGAGAGCAAGCGGGCUUUCCGCGUCUCACUGCCUAUUGCGUCGCGGACGCUUUCAAGAUGAAGCUGCUCGCAAGCUUUCUAAAGCGGGAGCACAACGUUCAGCCUCGCGUGUUUGACGAGGCAAUCUAUGUGAUGUACCAUCUCCCGCUACUACCGGGGUAUGGUCCGCAAGCCAACAUUCGUUCCUCUGCUCCGCCAUCUUCAGACGCAGAGGAUCCGUCCUCUGGAUUCUCCGAAGCAGAAGAAGAUGGCUACCAGGGCACGUACUUCAACAAUCCAGAGUCGAGCACGACGCCUCCGUCAGCCAGCUACAUCAUUUCCUCAUCGCCCAUUCUCACCAAUGCAGAUAUAUCAAUGCCAGAUGCACCCCUCGCAAGUCCAUCUGUGCAUCCGGAAAUACACUCUCCACAAGAAGACCGGGCUGAACGCAAGAGCAGGAAGAAGCGCUCGAAAGGCAUCGCGAACGAUGUGGACGCACGUGAAGGGGAAUAUGCUGAGGCCAUCUUCUUUGCAUAUGGCGUCGCGGUGUUUUACGGUUUCUCGGAGGAGCAAGAACGCGGCAUCCUGGAGGAUGUGGAACAUGCAGGCAUAAUGAGACGAAAGUUCGUCGAGGAUGACUGGGAGAUCGAGGAAUGCCAUUACACUCAUGACCCAAAUAUCGCGUAUCCGCGGAUCUUCAACGACUUCUUCACAUUCAAGACUCGCUCUCACCUCCUCAAGCUGUCCGUCGCACACGCCCUCGCUCAAUCAACGCUCCUCGCUCACUAUGAAACGCAUGCGAACAGGAUCCUUUCGUCCAAGGACACAAUGUCGAUCCCACAGCAGCUCGCAUCGACCGGUGCGCUUGCGCUCUCACGCAAGGAAGCACUGCGCCUCACCGGGCGGUUAUUCACGCUCCGACGCGACGUGAACCUCGUGAGCAACGUGCUCGAUGUGCCAGAGCUGUUCUGGAGCGAGGCGAGCCUGAAGGCGCUGUACGAUGCGGUGAGGGAGUAUAUGGAGAUUGGAGGACGGGUGCAGGUACUGAACGAGAAGCUCGCCGUGGCAGAGGAUCUGCUCGGUGCGAUUCACGACCAUCUCAACAAUAAUGCGAUGGAGCGCAUCACAUGGAUUAUCAUUUGGCUGAUUGUGAUCGCCUGCGUCGUGGAAGUGGGUGAGGUGAUCGCGCGACUCGUAGUGCAUGCGACGAUGAGCGACUCCGACUCUGCUACGAACGUGUGCACCAACGCCGCUGCUGCGUUGAAUUCGCUUUCCAGAGAGGAGGCGCUAGAGAUUCUGGAACGACUGGCUCAGUCAGGAAAUUCACUUUGAGGGAUGAGGAUCACUCCGCGUGUAUCACAGAUUAUUUUUGACAGAGCAAUGUAGUAUACGUGUAGACCAUUGUGCGCAGCGAGGCUAGGUGAAAUACUCCAUGGAUGUAUGGUGAUACCUUUCCAUGACAUGUCUGGGUUGUACGUCACCCAAGUUUUCUCCUCUCUUACAAUGAAUGUAUCUGAACACGUUGAACGGCUAUCCCCGCCGGAUCUUUUCGC